GUUCAUCUGAUUUUCCGAACUCCUUAUCAGGGCAACUGAUCAACUACUCUCAGCUAGACUAGCUAGGAUCCUAAAAAAAGAAGAAGAAGAAGAAGCUAGACUAGCUAGGCGCGCUCUUACUACGGCCCACCAAUACGCGCAAUAAUCUUUAUGUUUCUUCCUUCUUGUAACACGAAGACAAUUCCUUCAAGUUUUCCCAACUCGAAGCAUACCAUCCAUAUAUAGCCUUUAUUGGCACAAUGCUAGUACACCAAUAUCGAUAAUGGCGACGCCGGCUUCGCAAACCGCAACGCGCGUCGCCUCCGGCCGGCGCAUGUUCGGCAAGCCUGAGAGGGCAAAGUGCGGAAGACUGCAUGUGCGGAGCUGUGACAAUGGCGGCGGCGGUACGAAAGGCCGACGUGUCACGAUUGAAGCGGUCAAUGGCACUGUCAAGCUGAACGGCACGGCGGCGGCCGAUGAUCGGCACGUGCCUGCACCGCCACCAUCAUCCCUGGAGGACAACGGAGAUGCCUUUAGGCUCGGUAAGUUUGUGGAAGGGAGGCUUGUGUACAGGCAGCGGUUUGUUAUCAGAUCCUACGAGAUCGGGCCUGACCAGACUGCCACCAUGGAGACCCUCAUGAAUCUGUUGCAGGAGACAGCACUGAACCAUGUGAUGUGCUCUGGACUUGCUGGAGAUGGUUUUGGCGCGACACGGCAGAUGAGCCUCAGGAAGCUCAUCUGGGUCGUCACAAGAAUCAACAUCCAGGUUGACAAGUACAGCAGAUGGGGCGAUGUUGUUGAGAUCGACACCUGGGUCGCGUCGUCGGGGAAGAACGGCAUGCGCCGAGACUGGAUCAUUCGGGACCACAACACGAGAAACAUGAUUUCAAGAGCCACAAGCAACUGGGUGAUGAUGAACAGAGAGACCCGGAGGCUGUCCAAGAUCCCUGAGGAGGUCAGGCAGGAGGUUCUUCCCUUCUACCUGGACAGGAGCAUCAUCACCGCCGACGCCGACCACGAUCGCAAGAUCAAAAAGCUCACCGAUGCGACAGCAGAGCACUUACGUUCAGGAUUAGCUCCCAGAUGGAGCGACAUGGAUGUCAACCAGCACGUGAACAACGUCAAAUACAUCGGAUGGAUCCUCGAGAGUGUGCCGCUGGAAGUGCUGGAAGAUUACCACCUGACAAGCAUCACGCUCGACUACCGACGGGAGUGCCGUCAGUCGCAACUACUCGAGUCGCUCACCAGCAUGGCUGCAGCGGCGGCUGCUGAGGCCCCGGCGGCCACGUUGAGCCUGUGCAAUUGCAGCGCCGACCUGCAGAGCACGCACCUGAUACGGCAGCAGGACGACAAGGCCGAGAUCGUCAGGGCGUGUGCGGAAUGGCGGUGCAAGGAGCACCGAUAGACACUCGGGCAGCUCUGAUAUGCAUCUGUAGUCGUACACAGGUACAAUCUGUAUUGUAUUUGCUGGAUUGAUGGCUUCCAUUUCAAGAGUUGUAUUUGUUCUCUUGUGCUUAGGUUCUUCAUUCUCACAUACGCUGUUUGUUGAUUGCAAUUUUUGCAACUCCAUGAAUAAAGGCUCCUUUACUUACCUACCAUGCAAAAAUAUUUCGUUCUUGUUUACGGUAAAGGAGGAACCUGUAUAACAGAUUAACAGGUCCAAACUAGGAAAAAAAUUGCCCCCACACAGAAAUCUAAAAACAACAAAUUUAAGACAGAGUUUGAUGUUUUUCCGGUAAAAAGAAAGCAAAAGGCUCAAAUGUUGCGGUGCAAAACGAUGGCCCACGCACUACUGGAUGCAAUAGUUUCUAUUUCUUCAUGAAAACGUCGGCAAAAAUCCAAAAUUAGACAACAUAUGCGACCGUAUUUUCCAAAAUAGACAACAUGUCAGCGUAUAUACAAUUUUAUCAUCCGUAUUCGGCACAUCGUGUGCCGAAUAUGGCACUGUAGCCCAUAUUCGGCACACGGUGUGCCGAAUACGGCACCGUAGCCCAUAUUCGGCACACCGUGUGCCAAAUAUGGCACUGUAGCCACCGUAUUCAACACACGGUGUGCCGAAUAUGGGCUGUAGCAUCGUAUGUGGGUCUGCGCCAGGGACGAUGGCGUGGACUCUGGACGUGUCCGCGCCAUCAUGACUGGCGCGGAUACGGCACAGCUGCUGCGGUGUCCUAUCACGUCUUGUCGGGGUCUCCUCAUGUCUGUGCUUUCGGCUGGUGAUGAGUGCAUCGCGUGCGUCGUUUUUUGAGUGAGUGGGUUGCCUCCUGGCUUUUGUGAUGAGUGCAUUGUCUGAUGGCUGCUAUAAGGAGCAUGGUGAGGAGGAGCAGCAGACUCAUUGCGAGGUGAGGAGGAGCAGCAAACACAUUGCAAGGUGACGAGCAGCGGAGAUCAGGCGAAGAGCAGCAGACGCACCGCGAGGUGACGAGCAGCGGAGAUCAGGCGAAGAGCAGCAGACGCACCGCGAGGUGACGAGCAACUAUGCGAGGCAAGUAGCAGCUGCGCAAGGCGAGAAGGAGCAGCUGUGUGAGGCGAGGAGCAGCUGCGCGAGGCGAGAAGGCUCAGCAGCACGAGGAGAGGAGGCUUAACAGCGCGAGUUAUAGUAAGUACUUAGAUUAUGUAGGUAAUUAGUACUUAUAUUAGUUUUAAUAAUUAGAGUAAGUAGAUUAUUUAAUCUAUUCAAUUAGAUUUGAUAAAUUAGAUUAAGUUGAUAAAUUAGAGUAUUUAGAUUAUGUAUAUAAUUAAUACUUAGUUUAGUAGUAGUAAUUAGAGUAAAUAUAUUGUUUAAUGUGUUCAAUUACAUUUGAUAAAUUAUUUUAAGUUGAUAAAUUAGAGUACUUAGAUUAUUUGAAUAGUUUGAUUAUAUGAAUAUAAUUAGUCAGUGUAAUUAUAUUAUAGCAUGUAGAUAUUAAGUUGCUAAAAUAGAGUAGGUGUAAUAUUUGCAUAUUGUAGGAUCUCGUAAUAGACGGUAUUAUAGUGUAAUAGUAAUUGUAAUAUUUAUAUUAGAAAAUUUAAUUAGAGCAAGUAGAGUAUUUAUACCGUUCGAAUACACUGGAUUGUAUUAGCUUUGGUACCAGUGAGUUUGUUAUAUGAAGUUUAUUGGAAACAUGGAUUGUAUUGUAAUUUGUUAUAAACGUAUUAGGUGUUGUACCUAUUUUGUAAUAGCUGUUGUCUUACUUUGUUUUGUAAUUGAACCAUGAGGCUUGAAAUCAUUGGCAUGGCUCACGUUCACCUUCCCGAGCUUCUUCAACUACGGUAUGACGAGAACCAUAGGGGAAGGAUGAUUUUCGCAGGGCAACAGUUGCUCUCGUUGCGUUCCAGGAGUGUGCGCAAGCUUAAGGAGUUAGACCCUCGAUUCCACGAGCCCUUCGCACUGGCCGGACUACUACCGUUUGCACUUAUGAUGGCAGGAGCUCCCAUGGAGGGUGGUGGCAGGACUCCACUGCCGCCGAUCGAGGUCUCACUACUCACAGGCCUCGUCGACCGCUGGCGUCCUGAGACGCACACGUUCCACUUUCCUUGCGGAGAGAUGACUGUUACUUUACGGGACGUUGCCAUGCUGACCGGGCUCCCGAUAAGGGGCACCCCGUUAGUAGUUCCACGACCAGCAAAGGAGCAGUAGAAGAGUUAUAUUCAUGGCAGGUUUAACGUGCAAUAUGACAUGAAGGACGUAAGGCUCUCCAUAUCAUGGAUUCAUGGGCUACCAUAGUUCAGCCAUUGCCCACCGGAUGCGGACGAGGCAACAGUUAUGCAGCAUUACGAGGUGUACUUGUACAUCUUGCUUGGAGGCAUUAUGUUUUGCAACACAGGAGGCGAUUAUGUACUUCGGCAUAUUGUAUGGUUAGCACGUCAGCUCACGUCACGUCCAUACGAGCCGACACAUUACAGUUGGGGAUCUGCUAUGUUGGCCACUACAUACAAAGGAUUGUGUGCCGCUACCCAACGGUCAACGAAGAUGGGAUCUAUUUCUGGUUGCCUACACCUUCUACAACUCUGGAGCUGGGAUUAUCUCCCGGUGUGUCGACCGUGGGUGAGCAAGACCUACUAUCCAAUUCCCAUCUCCGAUGGUGUGGCCAACAACAUGAGGCCAACGAUGGGUUAUCGGUGGCUUCAUGCCAGGCUGCGAUGGAGUCACCACCAAGACCAUGGAAACUACGCCCGGGUGAUCAGUGACCUCGACGUCCUCAGCGCCAAACUUGUGGAGUGGGAUCCAUGGUGUAGGGAAUGAGUGGCUGAAAUUGCGAAUAGCGGCCUCAUCGUAUCAUCUUGUUUCCGUGACUCCGACCUAUGGAUGACUAGAUGUUUUUUGCUUUAUAUAAACAAUGUAGAAGUGUAUUCUCCCGACCGUGUGUAGAGGUAGUUUGGUCAUCGUCAGUUGGUGCCAGUACCUCCCCCACGAGACGCUGGUCGGGCGCACGAGAGGAGUGCCCAAGGAAACGCAGGCACACACGACUGGUCAAAGAUUAAUGCAGAACACAUAACCCGAUGGAUGGAGUCUAGCCCAGUGGAUGUCGUCAUUCCUGCAGGACAGUAUGACGAUAACACGUACUCGGAGUACCUUGCGUGGUAUCAAUCACGAAUGCGUCCCACCUUACUCAGCGAUAGCGUACCGCCAACCCACAGACCCUUCCCCGAAGAUCGUGCCCGGCUUCUUCAUGUGGUGACCGAAGCAAGGUACGAAAUGCAUAGGCAUGCGGAGCAUGAAUGUGGAGAAGCGAGUGGGUCAGCCACGCGAAGGAAUCGGCACCCUCUCCGGGACUACAUGACGACGAGAAGGUCUCGCCUUUUGUCCGCGAUACGUGGACUAGGUGGUUGUGCCCCGUGUUCUAGAGGCUACGACGUACCCGCCAUGAACCCGUCCCGUGCCUCCCACAGCAGGCGCUCAUCCAGUUCUCAUGAGGCACAUUCACGGGAGGCCCCUUCGUCUGCGGCCCAUCAUGGGACACGUUCUUGUGCUGGAGCCGAGGAGGUGACCGAGGCUCCUGCUCCCGAGGAUCGCACACUGGGUCCCAGCCCCCUCCGUUCAUACAACCUACUCAGCCUACGCAGACAACUCCACCAGGAUUAUUAACUCACCACGAGAACAUCAAUGACUGCACAUAGCAGACGACCACCUGGAGUAGCACUCAAGAUUUUGACUGGGCUGCUGCAUUGCAAGCGAGCAGCUUCACCGAGCUACUGAGCGGCCAAUACCCCCAAUAUCCCGAUGCACUAGGGGGUUCACACUGGUACCAGGAAGCUAAGACUUCAUCAUUUCAGACUCCAACCGAGCACGUACUACCGGCAGGCACACUCCCGCAUGACGAUCCUAUAGCGUGGUAUAUGCAGGGCCGAGUUAGCGGUUCUGGAUACACAUUCGGUGGAGUUGGAACACAGCAUGACGACGAAGAUGAGGACCAAGGGCACACGUGGCAGGGGCCAUCUCAAGCUGCUGGGAUGAGGGCCACACACCCGCCAAACGCUUACACUCCUGGGGAUUGCUUGCGGCGUCGGUGUCGUUAAUGAGCUAGUGCAAUAUAUUGUGUACUCAUCUAUUUAGUGUACUCAUACGUACUAGAUGUUAUUCACUAUAUUACGUACUCAUUUGUACUAUGCCA